AGUGAUCCAAGAGACUUAUCUCGGUGCACGUGAACCGUGAUAUCAAUGGCAUGAUAGUAUAUAUGAUGUUAAUAAGAGAUAUUCGGUGUCAGUAACAUUUUUCUCUUAUCCAGUGACGAAUCGUGAUUAAAAAUUUGUAACUUAACGUUUAUAGUUUCGAUUCCAAUCCAAGUUGUAAGAUUUUUCUGCAUAUACGUUGGUGACAUAACGAGACAUGUCUGCAAAUCCAGGAUUUGAGAAUACCGAGUUAAACGUGUUAGAGACUGGUCAUCUGACAGACGAAUCGAUAACGGAAAACAAGGGGACAAGAGAAAAAUCAAGUGAUUAUAUACAAUCGGUAUACGAUGCAUUGGACCAUUUCCUUUCGAAGCAUCAUCGAGUAAUUCAUUUUUUCUUGAUGACUCUAGGGAAUUUAAUUGUAUUAAUUUAUUUUAUUUUUGCCACAAUAUAUUGGAAAAAUAAUUACAAUUAUUUCGAUUGGUGCCAUGGUUAUGGUUUGUUACUCCUUAUAUUAGUGAUCGUUUAUGGCUUAAUUUUUUAUCAUUAUGCCCUGAAACCUUUGUUUGGAAAAAUAUUCGUUUAUUGUCAUUGGCCAUACAUCAACAAUAUCAUCAACAAUUUCCAAAAGAUAAAAUAUGGCAACAUUAUCGGUCAAACAAUAAUUUAUACAUGUAUCUUUACUGCUAUCAUUGUAUUCCUUAUUAUCGACACUGUAAACUCGAGAGAAAGAUUAAUGAGUGGAAUCGGAAUCAUCGUAUUGAUAAGUUUAGGAUGGAUAUUCUCAAAGCAUCCUAGUCACAUAAAAUGGAAACUCGUCUUGAACGCAUUGAUCGUGCAAAUUAUCUUUGGUCUUUUUACGAUACGAUGGUCUGUUGGUCGAUCUAUUUUCCAAUGUAUUGCCGACAAAGUAGAAUCAUUUCUCAACUUUGCAAAGAUUGGUGCAAGCUUCGUAUUCUCCGAUAAAUUGAUCGCAGAUGGCAUUUUUGCUUUCACCGUCCUGCCUGUGCUCUUUUAUUUUAAUUUUAUCAUUCAAAUGUUGUACUAUUUAGGUACUAUGCAAUGGAUUAUCUUCAAUCUGGGUAAAUUUCUGCAAAAACUCAUGGGAACUUCGAUUUGUGAAUCAGUAGUUUGUGCUGGAAAUAUUUUUAUUGGAAUGACAGAAACACCGUUAAUGAUCAAACCUUAUUUGAACAAAUUAACUACUUCGGAAUUGCACACUCUCAUGAGUUCGGGUUUUGGUACCGUUUCAGGAACUGUUCUUGCCGCAUAUAUUAAUUUUGGUGCAAAUCCUGCUCAUCUGAUAACCGCUACUUUGAUGGCAGCACCAGCAACUCUCUGUUACGCUAAAUUAUUUUAUCCGGAAACUGAAAAGAUUAUAAUUACUUCCGAUAAUGUAAAAUUAGAAAAAUCAAAAGACACUGGUUUAAUAGACGCAGCGAGUAAAGGUGCUACGGCAGCAAUUCCUUUGGUAUUGAAUAUAAUUGCUAAUAUUGUUGCGUUUGUGUCCUUUAUCGCAUUAGUAAAUUCUCUAUUAUCUUGGGUAGGAUCACUAGUUGGUUAUGAAAAGUUAAGUUUCGAACUUAUAUUAUCGAAAGUAUUUAUACCUAUAAGUUGGGUCAUGGGAGUACCUUGGGAUCAUUGUGAGGAUGUAGCAACUUUAAUAGGUUUGAAAACUACAGUAAAUGAGUUUGUCGCUUACAAAGAAUUGGGAAAAUAUAAGAAAGAAGGUCGAAUUUUUGGUAGAAUCGAAGCUAUAGCUACUUUUGCGAUUUGUGGUUUCGCGAAUCCUGGUUCCGUUGGAAUCACUAUAAGCAUAUUGACUUCUUUGGCUCCUGAUAAAAAAGAAAUUAUAAGCAAUAUUGUCAUGAGAGCCUUCAUUUCUGGAUGUGUUAUCACUUUUCUUACAGCCAGUGUCGCUGGAAUGCUGGUACCUGAUGAUUACGAACAUAUAAAUGCGUUUGUAUCAAAUAGGACUCUUAGUUAAUAUAAUAGUUAAUAUUUUAGGUUAUUAUGUUUGCCACUUCUAUAUAAAAUAUUUGUAAAAUAUAUGUAAAUAGGUAGGAUAAAUAAAUCUACAUUGUUUCAACUUAAUUGAUAUUAUGAUAUCCUAUGUGUUAUAAUAUUAAAAUUUCAUAGCUAAUAUCCCAUAGCCAUACCGAUUCUUUAUAAAUUAUACAAUUCCCGUAUUAAUAAAUACUAAUAAAUACAUAAUAAAA